AUGCCUUACAACGCGUUUCAGACCACUUUGGUGGGCACAGUCAUACGUUUAGUAUCAGGUAAUAGACUGCUGAGAUACCAAGAUGAGAUCGAAUGUCCAGAGCGGUAUACCAAAGAAGAAAUAGCUGGACGACAGGAGAAGGAAUCGCCAACACAAUCACGUAGGGUCUCGAGGUAUGAAACUCCUGCUUCCAAUGAUGACGCUACGGUAGUAGAGGAGACGAAUGCACCUCGUCGAUCAGAUUCUGAUGAGACCAUUAUAGAGGGAAAUCCAGAUCAUGUCAAAGAUCUGCAAAAGGGAAGAGGGAAGGAGGUCGUAGGAGAGUACAACGACAGUAGUAGAAUUGGAAUGGCGAAUAAUGAACAGCAGGCUGAAGAAGGGAUGAAGGAAGAUCCAAACUUGGUCACUUGGUAUGGUGACAAUGAUCCUGAGAACCCCUACAACUGGUCGACCCGAUACAAGACCUUCGUCGCCUUGCAGAUGUCUUUCCUCACUUUCGCAGUCUACAUCGGCUCGUCGAUUUACUCAGCAGGUAUAGAAGGGAUAAUGGAGCAAUUUACUGUAUCUCAGACAACCGCUUUAGUGGGAUUGACAGCGUUCGUGAUCGGUUAUGGUAUUGGACCAAUGUUAUGGUCUCCAAUUGCCGAACUGUCAAAUGUAGGAAGAAUGCCCGUCUAUGUCGCUACACUCUUCAUCUUCGUCGCAUUGCAAUUCCCGACAAUCUACGCCAACAAUAUCCACACUUUACUCGCGAUGCGGUUCUUUGCUGGAUUCUUCGGCAGUCCCGCUCUAGCAGUCGGAGGGGCUACCAUGGGAGAUAUGUUCACACCCAAACAUCUGGCAUAUGCUAUCGGUGUAUGGGGCUGUGGCGCGGUUUGUGGUCCAGUUAUAGGACCUCUGUUAGGAGGAUUCACAUAUCAAGCUAAAGGAUGGACUUGGCCAUUAUGGGUCCUCGUAUGGCUCUCUGGAGGAUGCUUUGUGUUGAUCUGCAUCUUCUUUCCUGAAACUUCUGGUAAAAAUAUCCUGCAUAGGCGAAUGUUAAGGCUCAGAAGGAUUACCGGAAACAACGACCUAAAAACUCAAGCAAUGAUUGAUUCAAGCCAUCUAUCCGGUGGAAGGGUGGUAUAUGAAGCUCUGAUUAAACCUUUCGUAUUGUUCUUCGAUCCAAUUCUACUGGUCUACAAUACUUAUCUUGCCCUUAUCUAUGGUCUUCUCUACAUCUGGUUCGAGAGUUUUCCAUUAGUAUAUAUGGAAGUCCACGGUUUCAACCCUGGUGAAUCUGGUACAGCCUUCUUGGGUAUAUUCGUGGGCGCGUGGGCAGCCUGUGCUGUAUUCUGUUACUACAUUCAUGUGUAUUUGGAACCGAUUUUCGACGCAAACAAUGGCUUGAUCCCAUGUCCAGAAAUUCGGUUAUAUCCUGCUCCUAUCGCUGCCGUCUGCAUUCCGAUAGCAAUGUUCGGCUUCGGAUGGUCAGGUCAAUACGAGUCAGUCCAUUGGAUCGUCCCAACAAUAUUCACCGGCUUCUUUGGUGUAGGCGCAUUCAUUUUGUUCCAAUGCAUUUUUGCCUAUUUCGGAGACGUAUUCUACGAAGAGAUCAGUUCCGUCUUCACCCUCAAUGACCUCUUCAGGUCAUCUUGGGGUGCCGCUUUCCCCUUAUUCGCUAAUGCCUUGUUCAAGCAUCUGGGUAUAGGAGGUGGGAAUAGUUUGCUGGGAGGUUUGGCAUGUCUUUUCGUGCCUGCUCCUUUCUUAUUUAUCAAGUAUGGUCACAAGAUCCGGGAGAAAAGUAGAUACGCUUCGAACAAGAAUUAG